AUGCAAUUCAAACAAAUAAAUUCUACAGUCGCUGCUGGGUUGGAAGAAAAUAUCUUAGAAUCUGAAUGUAUAGCGGCUUUGAAGAGUUUGGGUCAAAAUAAAGCACCCGUCCCUGAUGGGUUUCAGGUAGUGAUCAUUCUCAAGUGCUGGCACUUCAUGGGUGAUGACAUUGUGAAGGUAGUCAAAGAUUUCAACAACUGGGGAAGUAUAAAUUGGAGACUCAAGAACACGUUUCUCGCCUUAAUCCCUAAGAAAGAGGUGGUGGAAGAGGAAGUUGCUUUCAUAAAAGGAAGAAAAAUUCUGGAUUGUGCUUUGAUUGGGAACGAAUGUCUCGACUCGAGAAUAAAGAGUGACAUAUCAGGGGUGGUUUGUAAGAUUGAUUUUGAAAAAACAUUCGACCAUGUUUCUUGGGAGUUUGUUGCCGAGGUAUUGGAUAAGAUGGGUUUCGAUACUCCUUGGCACAAAUGGAUUCAAGGGUGCAUUUCUAAUACACCAAUCUCAGUUCUUAUAAAUGGGUCAGCUCAUUCAAAUUCAUUAAGGGGAUAG